GACGUUUAUUUUCAGCGCCCGUCGCACAAAAACAUUACAUGAAGCAGAAGAAUGAUAGAGGGGAAACCUGACGCACUACAUUGAUUAAAUUUUCAGUAUAGUUUUAUUCAGCGGUGUGAAGAUCUUGUACAGUAUAUCUACAGCAUACAACGACCUUAUGCAGCAUUUUGUUGUGCGGAUUUUCGAUAGAUUUAGCGGCUGCUGAGCCGACGUCUGUGUUUUUUUCAAUCAUUUUUUAAUUAAAUGUGAGUAAAGAAGGACCUACCUUCGAAGAUGGACAACAAAUCGCCUCUAAUGAUAGUCUAUAUCUGUGUCUAGCGGUCAUAUUUCAAGACUUAUAAACAGGAUAUUAAUAUUCAGGAGUUUUCCCAGUCAAAUUCAUUCCUCAAACCACUAAGGUGAAGAGUUGUAAUGAGAUCAUCUUCGUUUUUGUUUUCAGAUGAUGGAGGAUUUCUCUGGGUUGGCUCUUCCCCCUCUGUUUGGAGGACACAUCCUGGAGGCAGAGCUGGAGCCUGGUGGUGUGGAGCUGGGUCCCGGAGAGGUAACCUUAAAGAUCAUGCAAAAGGCCAGAUCGAUAUUAGGGUAUUGAAAGCUUCUGUUUGAAUGUAAAGACUGUUAAAUUUGUUGAUAUUGCGUUCAAAUCUAGAAAAGAAAGAAAAAAAUCAAAAUUGAUAAAAGGAAAAUCCCUAGAAAAAAAUCUUUGGCCUCGUUCAGUUGUUUCAUGAGGGGCCAGAAACCCGUGAUCCCUUUAAAAAGACACGGCUAAAUGUACAGCAGAGCUAUAAUAGAGAUGGUAAGGCAAGUGUAGUGCACAAAGCAGUAAUAAGACAGCUACUAGAUAUGUAAACAAUGUGUAUAUGGCUGAUAACAGAUGAGGAAAGUGGUCAUAGUGUGUGUGAAAUAUUGAUAGAAACAGUAAAUAUGUAUGUUACCUGCUGUGCAAAAAUAGGCUUGAAUUACAGAUUAAGACCAGGUAUUGAUGCUUUAAUUAGAAGAUUGGGUGCUCCAUUGGGCAGUAAGUGCCAGCACUUUACUGAAGUUAUCAGGCGGGCAUCUUUAUUCUCUAGCACUUAGUUGAGUUAGGUCCACAACACGUAAAAAGGCUCAACAGUUAGUGCUGGCAUCUCUGAGUUACCACCCACAACCCAUCCUAUCCACAAGCAGGCCCUCUUUGUGUUACAAAACAAACCCAUCAGCAUUGCCAUGUUCAACAGAACCAGCUUCAGUUUGCAAUAUUCAUGCUACCUACCCUACUACAUAGCCCCUAAAGACCCCUACGACCUAAAAGCAAUCAAAGACAUGAGCCUGUGGAGGGUUGUUUGACAGUGAACAGGGUAGGAGAAAGCCUGUUUUGGUCAGAGGUUACUCAUGCUGGGUUAAGCUGUAUCUUCUACUUACCCCCGUCCUUUUUUAAGGGAUAAGUGGAGAGGGAGGUGAUAAACAGCUUUAUCUUGUUGUUUUGGCUCCCCACUGACAUUGUUUCUUCCCAGUCAAGUAGAGCUGGAUGAAAAGAAAUACACAUUUUAAUCUAGCAUUAAUUCAUAUUAGAUAUCACAAAGUUGUUGUACUAGAAUCAGCAACAGAAAUGAUCUUUUUGUAAAACUAUGUUGGAUGACCUAGAUAGCCAGAUAGAAGGAAAAUUCAGGUGUUUCAUGACUUCCAGGUGGAGCUGGGUCCAGGGGGCAAUGAGCUGCUGGAGACUACAACACAAGAGGAUGAAGAGAGAAGAGCUCUUGAUAAGAGAAAAUAUCUGGCUCUGAACAGGAGAUGUAAAGAAAUUGAGCAGGUUUGUGCAAGCUUUAACAUGCGUCAGGAAAUGUGUGGUUCAUAAAAUGUAUCUGGAUUUUUUUUUAUUAACUUCCUGAUUGCUCACAGAUUUUCCCUGAUUGUUUUUUUUAACCAACAAUGGUUUCUAAAGUAUUGGUAUCCAUAUCAGCUGAUUCAGUUUUAGAAGUGCACAUGCAGGGCAGACCACAUUUCAUAACUACUUUUUUAGGUAUAUUAAUUCAGAAGAAUAUUCAGUCGAUUUCAUUAAACAUUGAGAUGGUGGACCUGUGUUGAUAAUACUGUUUCUGACAGUUAACUCAUUAUCUCUUCAUAUUUGUCUUUUCAGGUGAAUCAGAAGAUCCUUGGUCGUCUUCACCAGGUGCAAAGAAUCACACGCCGUUUGAAGAAAGAAAGACGGUAUGAAACUGUUUGACGCUUAUUUACAUCUUUCUCAGAGACGUUUCCUUCUUGAUCAUCAAUUUUGAGAUGAUGUUGAUGUUUCAGGUUUCUCAUGAAGACUUUAGAUGCUCAUGGAGAUGACUUCAGAAACGCCCAACUCACCAUACUUCUAGAGGUGAAAUUAUAUCAACUCAUGUGACCUUUUGGCAAAUCUCAUUAUGAAGCGAUGUAAUAAUUUUUCUCACCACCCAUGCCAUUUUAUUACCACAAGCUCAUGUUUGACAAAUGCACCAUGUGAAAAAUACCCAGAUUUCACAGGUUAGGGGCAGCUACUAUAAAGGCUAGAUCACCCUUGGAGGCCUGGAGCACAGGUGAUAUAGUUUUUCUUUCCUGUUAGGAGGUGAGCAGCAGCUUUUUAAACGGGCCGUAGGUGCUGAAAAAAUGACUCCUCUAAGCUCACAUGCAAAGAUUUGCAAGAGUCUUGAUGAGAUGUAACAAAAGAAAGUAUUAUCCUUUCAAACUCUGUAGCAGGGAGAGAAACCCUUUGCAUUGACUAUCAGUCUCAACAGAAGGAAGCUGGACUUCUGCCUGUCAAGUUUCAAAGCGCUGUCAAAACAAACACCAAAGCUCUUAACAAAAGAACGAAUACUAUCUACACAACAGCUGAACGUGCUUUCAUUUAAGUGUUCGCUGUGUCCAAACAAAAUGACGUCAGUUUUAUUCUCACUUAGUUGAAGAUUCAACAUCUUAUAGACAAUCAAGAAAUUGCUGCAUUCAGCUUCUACUUUUCAGUUUUAAAGGCAAGUGUUUUUGCACACCAUUGGCAAAGAAGUGCAAAAAGACAUUGUAUUUUUAGCAAAACAGGCCCCUGGGCCGCAUAUAUAGAGAAAAUAGGAUUCAAAACAGACUCUUAAGAGAAAUCACAAGUGAGAGGAGCUGUCUCAGAGACAAGAGGACUGUGUGAUCAACAGUGUUAGAAGCCGCUGUGAGGUCCAAAAGUAUAAGAAUAGCUGAGUCUCCAGAAUCAACAUCUAAACUCUCAUCAUUAAAAACUCUCAAAUUUGUAUUUUUAGUUUUGUUUAUAACCAGACUGAAACUUUUCACAGACAGCAUGUCAUGACUAAAAAAUGUCUGCAGCUGGCUGCAAAACAACUCACUCCAGAAUUUUACACAAAAGAUAGUUUAGAAAAAGGCUCGAAGUUCGAGAGAGCUGAAGGAUCAAGAUUUUUUUUUUUUGGCUGUACAAUUACAAGUUUAAAAGCUACUGAAACACCAUCAGAAACAAGGCAAAUAUUUGUCAGUGUAACAACAUUUGGUCCAUGAGUGUCAAAUACUUCCUCUAAGAGAUAAAUGGGAAUGCUCUUGAAGAUAUUUUGUGGUUUUACAUAAUUACAGAAAGCAUAAGAAAGUCUGACAUAAGCUGAGCAAAAGUUACGCGUUUCAUUUUAGUUUUUCAGUAUUUUCUGCUGAUGGAGUACAGGCUGUCUUUUUAUUAAAUCAUUAAAUUGAGAUCCAAUUAAAUUAUAAUGUAAAGUACAUAUCAAUUUAAUCUUGAAUAUUGACCAUAAGUGAAUGAAUCUGUGAGGAGUGUUUAUUUACGCAGUUGUUAUCUUAUAUUCAGAGCUUGACUGAAAUGACCAAGAAUCUGCAGCUACUGUGAUGCUUGAAUUUGAAUGAUAGAAACCCAGCCUGUCUGCUUUUUAUGUUUCUGUUACUUUUUAAAUAUUAUUAUAGAAAUACUCAAGUUCCCUCACCGCAUGCUAGAAAUUGUCUGCUCUGUUUGUUCCAGGAAGAGUCAGGAGCACAUUUAGAUCCCGCAGCUGGAGCUGAGGACGACCGGCUCAAUGGUGUGUCUGGUUCUGCUUCUUCUACAUCUUUGCACCAUACUACAGGACCAAAAAAGAGGAGGCACAGAAUUCCCCGGCAAGACAAAGAUAAAGAUCAGGUAUAUUCAUGCUCCAGUUUUUCUGUUGGACACAAUUUGCACUGUACCUUGUCUUGAAAUGGUGUUUUGAAAUGUCUAUACAGUCUAUGUCAGUUAUGUGACAACGCAGAUUAACGAUUUUCUGUCAACUUGUUUUCUGCUCUCUUUUCCAGUCUGAAGCUGAUAUGUCCGUGUUGGCAGACACACAGUUUGGAGAAAUGCCCAGUCCAACCUCACUGUCUCACUGAUUGUUGCACCUCCUUGAAUGUGAUGAUGACAAAACGAUCACAGCACCAAAUUUCUGUAAUUUUUCAAAAGACACACAAUCUCCUUUAUUCUGCCGGGUUUUGCACUGUGUGUAAUUUUACUUGAAUGUUAUGAGCUCAUUGAAUUAACUUACAGUAAAAUGUAAUUUACUGGUACAUUUAUACAUAUAUUUCAAAUACAUUAGUUUCUAACUUCAUGUUUUUUACUGACAACAUAUAAUUAUGACCAGUAAUAAAUCAUACAUGUUCAUGGACAUUUUUUCUUAGGUUUUUAUCUACCCAGACAGUGCAGUUAUACAAGGAUACCAGCGCUUUAAUAAUUUCUUUACAAUAGAUGUUAACAAAUAUUUGAUGGUUUAUUAUUUUAGGCAAAGGGAGUCUUGACCAACAUUUGAGAAGGAUCAUUCACACCCCUUCACAAAUCUCUUUGAUUAACAUUCUGUGACAUGCAAA